UAAAAGCAUCAACAAAUGACUUUUCUCUUUUUCAUUCCACAGAUUUAUCAUAUUGUGGUGACAUUUGGGUUGGAGUAUUUUAAACAGUUCAAAAACUUUAUAAAGUGGACAGCUUAUACAACCGCAUUGCCUUUCCUGAUCGACUUAUCGGAGUGCGAGAAUACCCCCUUUAGAGAGACAUGGCAGUGGAUUCUAGGCACAGUGGCUAUUUUCAUGGCAUGGGUCGACCUGUUAUCUUAUGUAGAGAAAUUUGACUUGCUUGGGAUUUAUGUUUCUAUGCUGAAAAGAAUCACAAAAACGUUUAUACGUAAAAUAUUUCCAAUCGUUCUUAUUUUUCUGAUAGCUUUUACUUUAGCGUUCCUGUGUGCCCGCAAAAAGCAGGAUGAAUUUAAAGAUUUCUGGGUAGCGUUGCUGUCAACAUCGGCAAUGAUGGCUGAUGGUUUCGGAUAUGAGGACCACAGUGAUUUUCACAUUGUUGAUACACACAAAUAUGUAGUUGUUAUCAGCCAUUUGAUUUCCAGCAUCUUUUUGAUUAUGAUAGCUAUCAUAUUAAUGAAUUUAAUGGUAAAUAUUGGAUUUGUUUAG